UUUUUAAUAAAGUAAAAAUAAACUUUAGUUUAGCCAUUUGUUAAAUUCCUUAAGAAAUUAAAAAAACCGAGCUAUAAACUUUUAAAGCACAUGUGUCUCGUGUGUUAUUUUAUUGGUCGAACGGUCAGAUGUUUUUUUUCAUCCUUAACAAGAACAAUAAUUGUAUUCAAGCGUAGGUUUGUGAUAGAGAGUUUGCUGCAUUUGUAAAAUGUUUUUUAUUGUCUUUAUAACGUUUGUUUCACUAAGCUUAAAUAGCGUAUAAACAUUAUUUGAUCAGCUUCGUGGUGUUGUCUGAGUAGUUGAUGCAUUAUUUAUUGUGACGAGGACUCCGCGCUGCCAACUUAGCUGCUUUUUCCUACUACCCGGCCCCCAUCCUGAAAGCUUCUCCGUUGUCACGGCAACUGAGCUGUCCGCCAAUCAGAUCCUAUAACACGCAUCACGUGGUCUUGCCGGACCGCUUAUCAUCGCUAACAAUAUGGCGAGAAAAUCUCAUGGUUGUUCAACCACAAGUUCGGUUUUUACAGACUCGUUUAGGGAUCGCAUGGGAAACUAGACGACAGUUGAACAAAAUGGCUGUUGCUAAUUGCGACAAACGUGUUUAUGGGAGUCAAACAUUAGUCAAAGGUAGCAACGAGGAGCGCGACGACGGUAAUGACCGUGAAUCCACAUCAUCGAGUUUCAGGAGCUCCGACUGUUCAGAUGACUUGGAACCAGAGUGGCUGGAUGACAUACAGAAGAAUGGAGAGCUUUUCUACCUGGAGUUAAGUGAAGGUGAGGAGGAGGCUGCAUUGGCCCAUGCCAACGCCAGCCAAGGUGUGUCCACUAAUCACGUUCACUUUAGUGAGAAGGAGGACGAGGUCAUCACAGAGCAAAACAGGAAACAGCGAUGUGGUUCACGGACCAAAGGGGAGCCUGCGCUGAAGAGGCUGGCCAGGAUCCUGAGGAGGAAGCGACACCCGUCUCUGCACAAAGGAAGAGGAAAGGAUGGGGGGAAAGGCAGCGCGUCACAACCAGCAUCUAUUCUGAAGAACCAGCCGGGUCACAGGCAAGGCGUGAUGGUUCAGCAGCAGCAGCUGAAGGAGGUGUGUGUCUACCUCAACCCCAAACGUCUUGUAGGGUCAUCAGCAUGUGUCUCAGACAGCGGAGGCCUGCUGGAGGCUCUGCUAGGCGUGGUGCACCGCUCCUCCUGGAGCAGGGGGCAGAGAGACCCCACAGUCACUCCACAGGCGGAAAGACUGACUAUUCAUGGAUUGAUACCAAACAGCCCAGCCAUUAAAAGCGGCCACAUACUGAUUGGUGAUGUUCUCGUAGCUGUGGACGAUGUGGACGUAACCUCAGAAAACAUUGAGCGGGUUCUGUCCUGCAUUCCAGGUCCAACACAGGUGAGGUUGACCUUGGAGACGGCCUCAGCAGACAGCUGCAGCUCUGCGGACUCGUCGCCGGCGCGUCCGACCAAGGCCUCUCCGCCGGUCAGCCAGCUGGUGCGUCUGCUGUGGGGGGAGGACACCACAGAGCUUCAGAUGUCUAUAGGACACAUCCCACAUGUCGUUAUGUACCUGUCACUCAAGCUGGACUCUGCAUCGCCUGAGGAGGAGGAGGAGAUCUUGUACCAGUACCCGGUGUCCGAGGCCUCCAGCCAGCUGAAAGGAGUGAGAGGGAUCUUUCUGACGCUGUGCGACAUGCUGGAGAAUGUCACAGGAGGGAGGAUCAUCAGCUCAUCUCUCAUUCUCGACAAACAUCUGGUUCAUGUGGGCUACUGGAAGGAAAGCACCAACCUGCUGGUCAUUGGUCUUCCUGCUGACAGGGUCCCACUGCUGUACCUCCAGACGGUGGUGGGAGACAUAGUCCGCACACUAAAAGUGAUGUACGGCUCUUUGGACAGUGCCUUCUGUAAGACCGACCACGCUCCCAAGUUGGACCAUUUCUUCUGCCUGUUCUUCCAGCAGCUCAUACAGCCGUCUCGCUUGAUGGACAGCUCCUCAGCCCAAGUCCCUGACAUCUCAGGGACCCUCUUCCUCGAUGGACUGCCAGCGGUCCGAUGGCUCGCACUGCCUCCAGAAAUCAAGAUGGAGGUGGAUACUGUUCUGUCUGACUUUGAAUCUUCUGAUUUUGGAGAAAUGUCUGAGGACUUUUUUGGCCUGAGGCGUCUGUAUGUGAUUCUUGGCUGCUGUUUGUUCUAUAAAUCCUACCUGAUCGCCAACCAUCUGCCGAAGGAGGACCUGUUGGAUGUUUGCCUGUACUGCCAGCACUACUGCCUGCUGCCACUGGCCUCUGAGCAGCGCGUGGGUCAGCUGGUCAUCUGGAGGGAGGUGUUUCCCCAGCAGAGAACCGGCAGCGGCAGCAUAGCACCGGGAUAUAGCCAGCCACAGGGUCGGCACUUCCUGCUCAUUGUGGGACUGAGACACUUCAUGCAGUGUGUGCUGUUAGAAGCAGGAGGCUGUGCUUCACCAGCCUCAGGCGCCACAGGACCUGACUGUGUUUAUGUGGAUCAGGUGAAGGCCACGCUGUUACAGUUGGAGGCGUUGGAGGCCGGUAUCGAGGAGCGUCUCAGUGCUCCACCAGCUCCGUGCCUGUCCUGCGCCGACUGGUUCCUCCCUGCGUCCACGGCCCGCGACCGCCUGGACAGUCUGGCCUCUUCCUCCCCAGUCUUCAGCAAACUAGCAGGAGCAGUGAAAGGCUCCUCAUCCAGGUCCCGAGGCCGAAGUUUGUUCAAGGAGAGGUCCAGAAGGCCGAGCCCCCAGAGAAGCCCGUCAGACAGUGGGAGUGAGGGACACAUGGAUGCUGGCUCAGGGUUCAGUCCACAUUCCACACCGGACCCAGCAAGGAAGCUGGGGGGUCGACGGGACUCUUUUGGGUCUGGAGGUUCUGAUGGGAGUGGAGGCAGUGGAAGCCUCUUCAAGAUCCCCAGGAUGAAGCACCCAAACCCAUUUUACCUAGGGACCCUAAAGAAGACGCUGACUGAGAGGGAGACGGAGGACAUGUAUAACACUAUGAAACUGACCUCAGGCACCGAGAACACUCUGUUCCACUACGUCCUGAUGGAAACUGUUCAGGGAAUCUUCAUCGCUCCCACUCACAGAGAAGUGGCUCAGCUGAGCGGCUCCAUUCACCCACAGCUCAUCCGCAACUUCCACCACUGCUGCCUCUCCAUACGGGCUGCGUUCCAGCAGAGCCUGCCUGCCAGGGCUCGUAGGGCAGCAGACAGGCCUCAGGGUGGGGGUUGGGGUCUGGGCCCCGUGAAGGAACACGGAGUUCUGUUCCAGUGUAAACCUGAGAACUGGACCGAUCAGAGGAAACCUGCUCCAACCAUGACUUACUGGGUCAUAGGACGAAUGUUGCUCGAGCCCGUCCCUCAGGAGUUCUACGUGUGCUUCCAUGACUCUGUUGCAGAGGUUCCUGUAGAGAUGGCCUUCAGACUGUCCUUCGGUCUGGCCGUGUAAUUCAUCAGCUCGCUUGUUGAAUUCUCAGGAAUGUAACUUAAACUUUUUGUGCGAUGGUCUACAAAGCAGCUACACAAAAUCAAAUUCUUGCAAAGUGCCUCAGUGUGUGAAUGUGGCCUUAAGCAGAGCGGACUCCUGGCCUCAUUUUUAAACCAUGGAAUUUUUGUGUUUUAUUCUUCAACCAGAUCACAUCUGUUCUUGGCUGUUGUGUGUUUUUAGGAUGAAAAGCCUUAAUUCAAUAAAUACCUCAUGUUUGGAGUAAAUCUUCUACAGGCUCAGAGAAGAUCUUCAGAGGACGCAGCUGUUCUGCCUGAAAGUUGAUUAAGCUGUACCAGUAAAUAUUAAGCUGCUGUGCCCAUUCAGCGUUGGCAAAGCAAAUGUGUUGAUAUUUUGACUGCGUAUGACAUUGCAAACUAAUUAUUUUAAAUUUGUAUAGUUUUGUAUGGAAAUUAACUGUUACAACACAGAUAAAUAAAGAAAUACUCUCUUUUA